AUGAUGUGCGAGCAAAGUAUCAUCGGGGCCCGGGCCUCGGUCAUGGUGUACGACGACGUGCAGAAGAAGUGGAUCCCAUCGGGCAGCUCGUCCGGCCUGAGCAAGGUGCAGAUCUUUUACCACCAGCAAAACAACACGUUCCGCGUCGUUGGCCGGAAGCUGCAGGACCACGAGGUGGUCAUCAACUGUGCGAUCAUCAAGGGCCUAAAGUACAAUCAGGCCACCGCCACGUUCCACCAGUGGCGUGACUCUAAGUUCGUGUACGGACUGAACUUUUCCAGCCCUCAGGAUGCGGAAGCGUUCGCCCGCGCCAUGAUGCAUGCGCUCGACGUCCUGAGUGGACGCGUCCCGCCACCGUCCGGCAUGCAGACGACCAACCCGAACCCGAACCAGAUGGCGGCGUACGAGGAGGACAUGGGCUACCGCACGAUGACGCGCGAGGAUGCGGCCAUCAUGCAGCAGCAGCAGCAAAUGACCAGCCAGCCGCCGGGCGUGGGUCCUCCACAGCCACCACCCAUCACGAUACCGGGUCCGGGGGGCGGUGGCGGCAUACUGUCCCCGCAGACGCCCACGUCCCAAACGUUGCCAUCGCAAGCCACGCAACAGCAGCAGACCCAUCACCGUACGAAUAGAACACGACGAUCAUCAUCCGGUAUGGCGUCGAUGAUGGACGAAAUGGCAAAGACGCUUGCCCGACGACGAGCUCAAGCCGAGAAGAAGGAGCCGGACUCCAACGAUGACGCCGGCGCGUCCGGGUCACGCCAGCGAGCUUGGGAGAAGUCGAGCACACUACCGCACAAACUGGGCAGCAGUAGCUCCAGUGGAGGCGCAGGCGGUAGUACGGGCGGCGGUCAGGGGGGCACCAGUAGCUUGAGUGGAUCAGAAUCACCGAAGCCAGCGCGGAAACGGUUUGGCAGUGCCAGCGAGGAGACGAUACUGAAGCAGAUCAAUGGUGGUGAUAGUUUCUCGCUACCGACGGCUCUCGAGCUCGAGAAUCUGAAGGAGGACAUUCUGCGCGAAAUGCGCAGCGAAAUUGCGAAAGCGAAACAAGAAAUCAUAAAAGCUAUCAGAGUGGAAUUCAACAACCGUAGGUAAAUGGGGGCCGCCUUCAUCAC